AUGUCGUGCUCUACUGGCAAAUCUUGUGACGGCUGUUCAUGCAGCACGGACCGGCCACCGCAGUCGAUCAACAUCGAAGAUUGCAUCACCGAAUUGAAUGAACUCCGAAGACGCAACCAGGAGCUGGAAGCCCGACUCGGAGAGAUAAAACAGAACCCCACACCCCAGCGGCCCAAUCGCCCCCUUCGGUCAUCAGCAUGGUUCAAUUGCCGCGACGAUCCCGGUAUGACCGCCAUCUAUAUGGAGCGCUACUUCAAUUUCGGCAUCACCAGAGAAGAGCUCAUACACCAUAUCGAGCUAGCCAAGCGCGUCCGCGAGGGAAUCCGUACUGCCGGCGGUAUAGCUAUCGAGUUCCCCACGCAUCCGAUCCAAGAGACAUCCAGACGACCGACGGCCACUCUGGACCGGAAUCUCGCGUACCUGAGCUUGGUAGAAAUCCUAACCGGGUACUUUCUCGAUGGGGUGGUGUUGCUAACCGGGUGCGACAAAACAACUCCCGCCUGUCUGAUGGCGGCGGCUACUGUGAACAUCCCGGCAAUUUGCCUCAAUGUUGGCCCUAUGUUGAAUGGCUAUUCCAAUGGGGCUCUUACUGGAGCAGGGUCAGUGUUGUGGAAGGGUCGAGAGAUGUACGCUGCUGGCACUAUUGACGAGAAUGAGUUCAUGGAUUACAUCUCCCGAGGAACUCCGUCAGUUGGCCACUGCAAUACAAUGGGAACUGCUUCCACAAUGAAUGCUCUCGCAGAGGCCAUGGGAAUGGCCCUCCCUGGGUCAGCGGCUAUCCCCGCUGCAUAUCGCCAUAGAGCGCAAUGUGCUUACGAAACUGGCAAACAAAUCAUCGAGAUGGUGGAGUCGGAUCGCAAACCCAGCGACCUGAUGACCCGCGAGGCAUUCGAGAACGCCAUUGUGGUCAAUGCCGCCAUCGGCGGGAGUACAAACGCCCCGAUCCAUCUCAAUGCCAUUGCUCAGCAUAUAGGCGUGAGUCUGACAAUGGAUGACUGGGAUCGUAUCGGAUCCAGCAUUCCACUACUGUUGAACAUGCAACCAUCGGGCGAGUAUCUUGGUGAAGAGUAUUAUCGUGCUGGCGGACUACCCGCUAUUAUGGCAGAGCUCCUGGAUGCAGGAAAGAUCCACGAGAAGGCGCUGACAUGUAACGGACGGCCGAUUGGUGAGAACGUGCGCAACAUGCAUUCCUGGGAUCGCCGUGUCAUCCGCGCCUACGACGACCCCCUGAUGGAAAAUGCAGGAUUCAUACAUCUGAAAGGAAAUCUAUUCGACUCGGCCAUAAUGAAAACGUGCGCCAUAUCGCCUGCGUUCCGGGAACGCUAUCUGUCCAACCCUGACGAUCCUGAGGCAUUCGAGGGGUCCGUUGUAGUGUAUGAUGGUCCGGAAGACUAUCAUCGCCGACUGGAAGAGUCUGAUAUCGACGACAAGACAAUCAUGGUCAUGCGAGGGGUGGGUCCACUGGGGUAUCCUGGAGCAGCCGAGGUCGUCAACAUGCAUCCUCCCGGUCGUCUAAUCAGGCAGGGUAUUGAUGGACUCUUUUGCAUUGGUGAUGGCCGGCAAUCGGGGACGUCAGCGUCGCCAUCCAUCUUGAAUGCGAGUCCCGAGGCGGCCGCUGGAGGCAAUCUGGCUAUUCUCAGGGAUGGUGACAGGCUGCGUAUAGAUCUACGCCCACGACGUGUGGAUAUUAUCAUCAGUGACGAUGAGAUCAAGCAACGCAGACGGGCCUUAGAUACGAAGGGCUACGCCGUCCAUCCCAGUGGCACCCCUUGGCAGGAAAUCUUCCGACAGGAAACAGAUCAGCUUGGGAAUGGUAUGGUGCUGCGCAAGGCAGUGAAGUAUCAACGUCUCGCGCAGCGUCAGCCACCUAGACACAAUCAUUGA